AUGGCUCAGAACCCCUCAUUAGCUCCAGCAGUCAAGGUGCCCGUUCUGCUGCUCAAGACAAAGUCAACCCCAGGCGACUCGUAUGAGGACCUGCUCUCACGCGAAAGUGACGGGCGUGCCUUUGAACCAGCUUUCGUCCCCGUCCUGCACCACACCUUUCAGGAGCAGGGCAUGGCGACGGUCAGGCACGUCUUGCAGCAACGUGGGAUCAAUGCCGGCACUGACGCCUCUUACGGCGGUCUCAUUUUCACCUCGCAGCGAGCGGUAGAGGCGUUUGCCAGCCUGGUAGAUGAGAAAAAGGGCACUGAAGAAGACUGGCCUCAUCUCCAAAACGUACCAGUCUACAGCGUUGGCCCUGCCACCACACGAGCUCUCCAGUCGGUCUCACAGCACACCCCGUUGCAAAUAUUCGGCGAGCACACGGGCAAUGGCGAUGCCUUGGCCAAGUACAUUUUGAAACACUACGGCCAAUGGUACCAAGACCGGCCGACAAAGCCACCGCUGCUCUUCCUCGUUGGCGAGCAGAGACGGGAUAUCAUCCCAAAAACCCUCAUGGACACCACUUUGCCCAGCGAAAAGAGGACCCAGGUGGACGAGGUCGUGGUCUACGGCACGGGUGUCAUGGAAUCUUUUCCUCAGGACUUUGAGAAACACCUGAAGGACACCGAGGACCGGCCGACGCGGUGGGUGGUUGUCUUCUCCCCGACUGGCUGCGAAGGCAUGCUGCGUGGGCUGGGGAUGCUAGAUGAGUCCACGGGAAAGGUCAAGAAGGACGGGCUCGAGGGACGCAAAACGUUCAUUGCAACGAUCGGCCCGACGACGAGGGACUUUCUAAGACGAACGUUCAACUUGUACCCAGAUGUUUGUGCCGAAGAGCCAAGCCCAGCAGGCGUCCAGCGAGGAAUCCUUGAUUUCAUGGGAAUGCAAAGAUAA